CACGGUUGUACUUUUAUCCAGAUUACUCAAAUGGUUGACACGACGACAAAGAUGAGGGGUAUUCCACCACGAUGGAGCGUGGUUGGGUCGACAGUGGACGGGCGGCGCACGCUAUGCGAAAGCCUCGCACUUCGAUAUGGAGUUGUGCAUGUGACUGCGGACAUGUUGUUUCCUACAAGUGAUGGAAGCGACGGUACUACUAUCCGUACCAUUCAACUGAGUCGACUCCAUGCCGCCGACUGUGCUGGCCGCGGUUGGGUUCUCGAUGGAUUUCCGCAAACGCUCGAGCAAGCAACGGCGCUUGUCACGGAGGACCUCGUUCCGCACAUGGUGUUUGACUUGUUUGUGGAUGUCGCGUCGGAGAUGGCCGCCGUACUUCAUGUGCUGACUCAACAUCCCUCCACCACGACGACCACACCCAUUCCCACCGUCGUGCCCAUCACUCUAUCGUCAGAGUCUUCAGACACGGCGGCAUCUUCCAUCCAUCGCGCCAUCGACACAAGCAUAUGGACAUCCCAAUUGCACGCAACAGUGCCUACUCUCGCGACUGACCAUCCCGAGGCGGUGGCCGACAUCGCUCAAGGGACCGCCUCACUUCCAGUGACCGACCAAGCCGCUGCCAUGCAUCUGCUGACGUCGUUGCUGCAACCCAAUUCCACAGGACUGGCUGAUUUCGCUGCAGACCGCGGCCACAGCGUGGCGGCGCUACUUGGCGUGUACACUUCGCUGACCAAGGCCACCCAGGCGGUGCUGACCAGUCGCCUCCCGCCAGAGGUCGUCGCCAUGCUGCCGUUCGUCGAGACGCUGUCCCCCAACGCGCUGGCGGCGAUGGCUCCCCUGGCUCAAGAGCUCCUCCACGAAGCCACGUCCUCGUCGAUCCAGCCCGCGACCGCCGUCAAGCUCCACACAGCCUUCUUUGACGUGCUGUCCGACAAGGAGCGGCGCCAACUCGUCCGGAUGCUGCCGCCCAAGGAGCAGGAACUGGUCACACACGUCGUGGAAACCACCGAGGGCAUGUCCCCUCGGGGCAUCGAGACCGUCGUGCACAUGUUGCUUCAAUCGACAUCGACGCCGCUGUCGGUUGCCAUCUCCACCAAGAGCGUGUCGGCAUCUUCGUUGUCCCAGUCAUAUAGUACGGACGUUGGCCCGGACUCUCAACAUCCCGAGCCUACCUACGGUACCAUCCCAGCCUCCGACAUAUCGCCGCCUCCUUCCCGCGAUGCCAUGAUGACCAAGCUAGCCCUCACAGCGACCAAAGCCCACGGCCGUCGGCUGCUUCGGUGGGUCCGCCGCGCCCCCCGCAGUCUCCGCGUCCUUUUGUUCGUGUCGUCCGUCCUCGUCGCCUUGACGGCACUCGUGUCCAUCGUGCUGAAUCUCGUGUCGGGCCAGCUCGUGCUCGUCGUCGCCAGCGGUUGGGUCGUCUUCUUUUCGCUGCUGAUCGUGUCGUUGGAAGUGAAAAUUUCAGCUGUGGAGAAGCACAACGCGGUGGCGGCGCACUUCCCCCUCGUCGGGACCGUCCCCGGCCGCGGCGCCUUCUUGCUCUUCGUGUCCAUGCUGGCCAUGACACUGGCCGUGCAAGCCACGUGGCAGAACGCCGUGCUCGGCGCCGCGGGGUUCCUUUCGGCGCUCGUGAGCCUCUGGGCCAUCGCGCUCGGCAGCCUCGCGUCCCACCAGUUCAACGUCAUGCGCACCCGCAUCGAAUCGGCCGCCGACCUCCGCCGGCUCUUUGACACUGCCGACGUCGACAACGCGCAAGAGCUAGACAUCGACGGACUCGCGCGAUUCUGCGUUGCAUGCGACUGGCCGAUUGGCGUGGUCUUGCUCGAGUCUGUCCUGCGAGACCUCGAUAUCGACAACUCCAACACCGUGUCCUUCUCAGACUUGCACUUGUGGUGGUCUCAAGCCCAACUGGACAUCACUAGUAGCAUCAGGCCCCUUCCCCCCAUCACGAAUAUCGUCCCAUCAAGUCAUGACAAACCAAUGUCGGUCCUGAAACUGGUCAAUAUCUUCAUGGGGGUGCUCACAGUCGCCACUGGAGUCGUGGGUAACGUCGCUGCCUUCCACGACAGACGUGAAUCCACAACAGAUGGCAAAGCUGCCGUGUACAUGAUCCUGGACUUGUGGGUGGUGGUAUUUGGCUUGGUGCUGGUCCUCAUCGAAGCCCCUCGAUCGCAAACAUCAUCGUGGCAAGUGCUCACAGACUGCAAGCGCUUCGUCGUCGACAACAUCGCCACAUUUCUUGACUCGAUCUUUGGCCGGAGUUUGCUGUACUUGUUUACCGGCACGUUCACGUUGUCCGUGUACCAGCACGACUCGGUCUACUUGCCGGUGGUCACGGGGUCGGGGCUGGUGGUGCUGUCGGUUGUGAACGCGUGCGUGGGUCGCCGUGCCAAAGCCUCCUUCCUCGCCCUCGCCAAGACGGUGGACGUAUCGAACUGCGCCUUCCUCUUCGCGGCCGCCGACGAGGACGGCGACGGCGUCUGGAGCUUGGACGAGCUCGAUGCGUUUUGCACUGGCCAACACAUUCGGCUAAGCGCGGCGGAGUGGGAACUCCUUGUCGCAGAUCUGGACAAACACCACGCCGGCGUCAUCUCCCUGCACGAGUUCACGACGUGGGUGGAGCUGCAGCACCAGCGCAUGGAUUUCGUUUAGAAGACUUUUAUAAUGAUCCAUUUUAACCCUACCGGGAUACCAGUCUUGAGCUUCGUUAAUAGGCUG